AUGAGCUGGGGUGUGCUGGGAUGUACUGGGAUGAGCCGGGGUGUGCUGGGAUGUCCUGGAGUGUAUCAGGGUGUGCUGGGAAGAGCUGAGGUACAUGGCAGAGGGGGGUCUGUGUGUGCCAUGGGGAGAGCUGGAAUGCCCUGUCAGAGAUGCCACCACCAUGGGAUGGGACAUGGAAGCUCCCCCCAGCUCCUCCCGAACCCCGGUGCUGCUGCCAGGGGCCUGGAAAAGAAGAAACCUCUGUGACCUAUGUGGGGGGUGAUCUUAUCUCCGGUCCCUCUCAAACUGAGAGGGACUGAGGGAUGUAUAUGUCCCAGGAACACGGUCCUGGGGCUCCCAGAAACAUAUAUGUCCCAGGAACAUGGUCCUGGGGCCAUUCUGGUGUUACCCUGCCUUGGGCUGCAGGAGAGGCAGGAGCUUCAAGGGCUGUGGUGUCUCCCUGCAGAAAACGACCCCCCGGGAGCGGACGGCCACCUCCAAGUCACGCGGGGAGAAGUCCCGGCCACCCACCGUCCCUGUCACCCGAGCCGACAUUGUCCCCGGGCGCCUGCCUGAGGAGGAAUGGCUCUCCCUGAUCAGGGCUGAGCAGAGGGAUGAGGACAUCGGGGACAUCCUCGCAGAGCUCUUGGGCCGCGUGAUGGACGAGUGCUGCAAAGCCUACGUGGCUCAGCAGUGCGUGCCCUUCACCGUGGGCCAGGCGCGGGACGCCCUCCUGCAAAUCGCCGAGUGGCGCUUCCUGGCACGGGAUGAGGGGGAGAUGGACACCGAUGGAGAUGACACCUGGCAGGAGGAUGAGGAGCCCAAGCCCUGCACUGCGGACUCCUGGGCGCAGGGCUCCGUUCCUGUCCAGGAUACCCAUCUGUCCCCAUGCCCCGGAGAGGUCUCUGAUGUGGAGCCCCCGUACCAGCACAGAAGGCAGGAAUCUCCAGAAACAUCUGAGCCUGGAGCUCCCCCCAUGCAGCCCCUGUUUCCUGGCCAGGUCACCACCAGCAGCACCGUCCUGCCUGAGCCAGGGCCAUCCCACCCGGAGAUGCUGCAGGACAAGGCGGUCAUCGCUACCCAGUCCCCUGAGAGAAAACGUCCCCAGGCCCAGUCCCUGCUGCAUCGGCGAGCCCCGCUCAGCCCAGCCAGGCCACCAGCUCCCUGGGGCCCCUCUGAGCCCCCAGGGCAGCCAGAGCAGGGACAUCGUCCUGCACCAAAGUCAUCCCAUGGGGACGUGGAAUGGAGCAGUGAGGCGAGGGCCAGCAGCUGCAAGCCACUGCUGUCAUCUUCAUCCCGCACCAGCAUGGAAACGAUCCUGCCAGGGAGGCCCCAGCGCAGCACGGGGGUGAAGCAAGAGGGGACUGGUGCCAUCUUGGGGGUGCCCAGGCUGAGCCAUGGCCGCCGGCCCGAGCACUGGAUCAGGCCCCAGGUGGAGGUGCUGGACCCAGGAGCAGAGGCCAAGCCGCUGGCAUGUUCCCGGGGUGCCCGCGGGCGCAGCCGGGGACCGGAGCUGGGCAGAUCUCAGCUGUCCUGGGGCCUGGCUGCCACGGGGAGGGGACGGCUCCAGCCGGCUCCCCCAGAGUCCCCACAGCCCCCCAGCUCCCUGCCUCGGCAGCUCGGCUCCUUGCUGGACUCUGCUCAGCUGGCCCCCGGCGUGACCAUCAGAUGGGGCAGCAGCGUGAAGCGUGGGCUCUGCAUCCCUGCGCACGGCGAGGAGGAGGAGGAGACAGGGGAGGCCAAGCGGGACCUGAGACCCAUCUGCCCCACCGUGCCCUUCCCGGCCAUUGCAGCCGGGCAGGUCACAGGUGAUGACGAGUGUCAGAGGCAGCACACCCCCCCAUCACUGCUCUAGGGCCCCUGGGUGGUGUGCGGGGUUAACCCCCCUACUCGGUGCCAGCCCCCCCUCCUCACUCCCCAUCACCCCAGGCAGUCCUGCCUGGCUCCCCACCGUGUCCCACGGUGGCAUUUCCCAUGACCUGCUCAUGACAGCCCCAGUGUGAGGGUGCAGCCAGGCUGGGUCCCCCAGGCUCCCCAUGUGCCGUGUCUCCGCUCUGCAGGGCAGCCACCACCCCGGGCAGGAGCCACGGCACUGCGGGAGGCUGGUUGUGCCCUGUGGGCUUCCUUCCCCUUGCACCCCAGGGAGCAGACCCGCCUGUUUGGCUCUUGAUCCCGGAGCUCAUCCGCUGGGAAACCAGCUCCAGCAGUUCCAUGGCUGGGUGCCCGGCUGGGUGCUGCCCUUGCUCUGCAGCUCAGCGCAGCGCCUGGAUGCUCAAGCUCCUGGAGAGACCUCCUGUCCUGGGUGGGCUCUUCACCCACGGCUUCUGGCACGUUUCCCACCUGAUCCUCCAUCCCCACAAGUUACCACAGCAAGUGCCAGAGCUGGCGAAGGGCAGGGCAGGCUCUCUUGGCUGCCCGGUGAGGCUGGGAGCUCGAUGCCCUUUGCAAGCCCUGCUAGAAGUAAAAUAAAGAGGUUUCUGUCACUCAGCUUUCAGCCUCUGUUGAAGAACAGCCGUGCCGCUGUCACACCUCUGAGCCGAUCCCCGCUGCUGCUGGAGAGGAGGCGAGGAAGCAAUGGUCGCCAGCAAGAUGUGAAGCAAAGCUCGUGGGAGCUGGGGCAC